GGCAGGAUUUGUACUUCAUCUCGACGGGAAACGGCAGGAAAAACUAAAUCAAAUAGACAAUGCUUUCAACAAUAUGGACAAAGCUAAAACUCUCUACGAAAAUUCUGUUUCGUGGAAAAAUGAAAGUUUGAAAGAAUUUCUUAUGAAAGACAUGGAGAACACUCUUGAUAAGUUCAACAUUAUCCGCCGAGAAGAUCAGUGUAAAGAGAGUGUCAUUGGAUCUCAGGGUGGGCGUGUCGUUGACAACCAUUGUCAAUUGCUAAUUCCUGAAGGUGGCCUUGAUCAUGAAGUUUCCUUCCAACUAAACGUGAAUGCAAAAAAGACAAAUUUGCCAAAUGAUGUUUUGCCAAUCAGCCCCGUUAUGGAAUGUAUUCCAAAGAUGGAGUUGUACGAGGCUGCAAAAGUAACUCUUCCACGUUGGUGCGAAACUGAUGACCCGAAUGUACAAGUUAUAAUAUUGUCUCACGCCAAAGAAGGAGAUCAAUGGAAGCCUAUCCACGAAGAGUGUUUGAGUAACGCCAAACAAGAUAUAAGAUUUUCAACUAAAUGGGUGAACAAAUUUGUCGCAACAGUUAAGAAAUGUCUCAUCCAUCACACCAUUUAUAAAUUACAUUCAGACGUUUGGUUCAGCCCAGAAGGUAACUUUGUUGGAGUUCUAUAUGUAAAAGAUAAGUCUGUUGAAGAAAUCUGGCGCAAAAAACUCGAGACCAAGAGAUACGAGCCGUCUAGACUGGUCACAAAUCCGAUAUCCGUGAAAGGAAGAGAUUUGAUUUGAAUGGAGUUGUCUGUCCCGCAGAGCAAUGUAGUUAAAUUUGAUAAAUUUUCUUCAGAUAUUUUCAGUGUGAAAGAAAACAUAGCCAAAAAUGAGCAUAGCUACUUUACUAACUUCUGCCUCCGUACACUUCCUGUUGGUGACGAACGAUUUACUCUGAAGUGUAUACACUCACGAGGAACAAGUUGUCGUUGAGGUGGAUUGGAGUGAAACAUGGACAGCCACACCAGGAAGAUCUAUCGAAGACGUUUUUCGAUACGAAAUCGUUCCUUCCUUUACUGAAGUCGAUACUUGGAGUAGAUUUGCAGAUUCCAGUAGCGCUCUCAAUUUGACAAAUCGUGAGAUCAACCAUAAUAUUGACUACGACGCGCCUUUGAAAGAACAAAAAUUGAAAUGUCUUCUGCUAUGGCAGGAAAAAAACAGAGGAUCGGGAAAAAGAAAAGGCGAUCAAACAGAUGAGCAGCUCAUCGAAUCAAUACGAAGGCUGACAAUUCUACAUCACGAAGGCUGAACAGUUUAUCAGUUAAAAUUCUAAUGCAUACGUCCGUUUCAUAUUUGACCCGGUGUGUUCUUUUUGUGUGUAUAUUCUUCAACUUGUUUACUAUCAUACCUUAAUGUGAGCGUGCUAUAUUUACUGUAUAUAUAUCACAAUAUAGUAAAUUUCUCGUACUUUGUGAUAGUACAGGUUUGGCGGAACUCGGAGUUACGCAGCACACAGCCUUAUUUAAGCAAAUUAAACGUGAUGUUCAUCUCGCAUAAGUAUGACAGUGCGACGUUGUUAGAGACACCGUAUGAAGAAUAUAACAAUAUAACGCACACAUUUACAGCAAGAUAUGAAUUUUGAACUAGCUUUCUUGUAGGUAUGAUUACAAAUUUCCCAAUAUUACGUAUAUAUAUUACAGGCUAUAUAACACAAGUACAUUCCCGAAACCGAUAAUGGAUAUUUCCAGUCGGGUAUUAUAAUCGCCACUGAAAAACCUACUGCAGAGACACCUUUGCAUAGUACUAUUGCCUCAGUCGGUCUGCAAAAUGAUAUAUCUUUCAAAUUGAAUAUUCUUACGACAGCAAAUAAAUCCCUACAUCUAUUUUCCACCCACCUCGACCACACGAUAGCAGCUCGAAUAAUAUACAAUGUUUUAUAGGCACAAAAUAAAAUGCGCUCCCCAUACGUACGCCGUUCUCACACCCAAGGCUGUGGCAUAGGAAAAAGACACUUAGCGUCAGUUGAGACUUCGGGUCGUAAAUAAUUGCGACUAACUCUAAGAAAAUCAAAUUUCGACAUGAGAAGUCGUCAGGCAUUAU